AUGGCGAAGCCUACUAUCCUUUUCACGCCCGGCGCCUGGCACUCACCGGCACACUAUGACAAGAUCAUGAAAGCGCUCCAGCAGCAUGGCUACGAGACCGAAGCAGUAGCGUUAGCGACUGUCGACCCCAAGGACCCGCCAAACACCGACGUGGAUAGUGACGUCCAGGUUAUAUCCAGUGCGAUCAAGAAGAUCCUAUCGUCAGGAAAGGACGUGGUUCUAGUUACCCACUCGUACAGCGGAAUCCCAGCACAGAGCGCGGCUUACUCGUUCAUCAAGCAAGACCAGACUGGCCCACGGCUGAAGGCAAUUGCAAUGAUGUGCUCAUUCCUCUACCCACCGAGGACGGCUCUUCUCGAUCCCACAGGAGGCAAGCCCUUUCCUCUCCAUGUCGUGUCGGCGGAUGAAACCCUUGUCGACGUCGGUGGCCCUGGUCCAGAAGCGGUCUUCUACUCGGACUUAUCACCCGAAGAGGCCGCCGCAAACAAAGCCAUGCUGAAGACGCAUUCCUGGCGGUGCAAGAUCUUGCCGCCAUCGGCUGAGGGUGUCGGAUACUGGGGGAUUCCAACCAGUUACUUGGUUUGUGAGAAUGACAAGGCGCUGCCAGCCGACUUGCAGAGAAAAUGGAUUGCAGAUGCGAAUGAGGCGUUGAAGGAGAGAGGGUCAGAUUUGAGAAUCAGAGAGGAGAAGAUGGAGAGUGGUCAUAGUCCAUUCCUGAGCAUGAUCGAGCCGACGGCGGCCUUUAUCAGGAGAGCGGCUGGGGAAGACGUGCCAGCGAAUUGA